UCCCAGUCCAAGAGUUCCAGUGAGAAGCAAGAGGUGGGGUGACUGGAGCUCCUGACUGAAGCAGGAGACACCCUCAGUUCUGGCCUUACCCUUCCAGGACAGUGCUGUUCUCCAAGAGAAAAGCCAGGAAAAGAAGGCGAAAAUGACAGUUGAACUAGUGAAAGCCAUACCUCAGGACUUGGUGACAUUCAAGGAUGUAGCAAUAGACUUUUCCCAGGAGGAAUGGGAAUGGCUGAACCCUGCUCAGAGGAGUUUAUACAGGAGUAUGAUGUUGGAGAACUAUCAGAGCCUGGUAUCAGUGGGACUUUGUAUCUCUAAGCCAUAUGUCAUCUCCUUAUUGGAGCAAGGGAAAGAGCCUUGGGAGAUGAAGAGUGAGAUGAGAAGAACCCCAUUCCCAGAUUGGGAAUCUGUAUAUGAGACACAAGAAUUACCUCUGAAGCAGUUUGUGUGUGAUGAUGUAUUAAUGGAGAGAAUUAUAAGCUAUGGACUUGAGUGUCCCACUUUUGGAGAAGAUUGGAAAUGUGAAGAUCUUUUUGAGAGGCAGUCGUUAAGCCAAGAGACAUUUAUCAGGCAAGAGACAAUCACUCAUGAAGAAACCCUUACAGUGGAAAUAGACCACAAAUAUAACAAAUCUGGGAAAUUUGUCCCACUAGACAAUAUAGAAGAGAAUAUUUAUAAUCACAAGUCAGAUAAAAAAAGCUUUUCCAAAAAUUCCAUGGUAAUAAAACACAAGAAAGUCUACGCAGGGAAGAAACUUUUUAAAUGUAAUGAAUGUGAGAAGACCUUCACUCAGAGCUCAUCCCUUACUGUUCAUCAGAGAAUUCAUACUGGAGAGAAACCGUAUGAGUGUAAGGAAUGUGGGAAGGCCUUCAACCAGAGUCAACAUCUUGCCCAGCACCACAGAAUACAUACUGGAGAGAAACUGUUUGAAUGUAAGGAAUGUAGGAAAGCCUUCAGCCAAAAUGUUCACCUUAUUCAACAUCAAAGAAUUCAUACUGGAGAAAAACCAUAUAAAUGUAAGGAGUGUAGAAAAGCCUUCAGCCAGCCUGCACACCUUGCUCAGCAUCAGAGAAUUCAUACUGGAGAGAAGCCCUAUAAAUGUAAGGAAUGUGGAACCCUCUCUAAGGAAAGAGAGUUGGUAAUAAAACAUGCAGGAAUCUAUGCAGGAAAAAAACUUUUCAAAUGUAAUGAAUGUAAGAAAACCUUUACCCAGAGCUCAUCCCUCACUGUGCAUCAGAGAAUUCAUACUGGAGAGAAGCCCUAUAAAUGUAAGGAAUGUGGAAAGGCCUUCAGUGAUGGCUCAUCCUUUGCACGACAUCAGAGAUGUCACACUGGCAAAAGACCCUAUGUAUGUAUUGAAUGUGGGAAAGCCUUUAGGCAGAACACAUCCCUUAUCCGUCACUGGAGGUAUUAUCACACUGGGGAGAAACCCUUUGACUGCAUCGACUGUGGGAAAGCCUUCAGUGAUCACAUAGGACUUAUUCAGCAUAGGAGAAUUCAUACUGGAGAGAAACCCUACAGAUGUAAUGUGUGUGGAAAAACCUUCAGCUAUGGCUCAUCCCUGACUGUCCAUCAGAGAAUUCACACAGGAGAGAAACCGUACGAAUGUGAUAGCUGUGGGAAAGCCUUUAGCCAUCAUGCCUCACUCACUCAGCACCAAAGAGUGCAUUCUGGAGAGAAGCCUUACGAAUGCAGGGAAUGUGGGAAAGCCUUUAGGCAGAGCAUACACCUUGCUAGUCACCUGAGGAUUCAUACUGGCGAAAAACCCUAUGAAUGUAAAGAAUGUGGAAAAGCUUUUAGCAUCAGUUCACAGCUGGCUACUCAUCAGAGAAUUCAUACUGGAGAAAAACCUUAUGAAUGUAAGGAAUGUGGCAAAGCUUUCAACCAGAGAGCACACCUUGCACAGCAUCAUAAAAUUCAUACCGGAGAGAAACCUUAUGAAUGUACUGAAUGUGGGAAAGCCUUCAGCCAGACUACCCGCCUUAUUCAACAUCAGAGAGUUCACACGGGAGAGAAACCCUAUAAAUGUGCUGAAUGUGGGAAGGCCUUUAGUGAUAGCUCAUCCCGCUCUCAGCAUCGGAGACUUCACACUGGCCAAAGGCCCUACGCAUGUGUUGAGUGUGAGAAGGCAUACAGAACAAAAUCGUCCCUCAUUUGUCAUCAAAGAUGUCAUACGGGGGAGAAACCUUAUGAAUGUAGCUUGUGCGGUAAAGCCUUUAGCCAUCGGCAAUCCCUUAACGUUCAUCAGAGAAUUCACUCUGGAGAAAAACCGUAUCAGUGUAAGGAAUGUAGGAAAACCUUCAGCCAGAUUGGACACCUUAAUCUACAUAGAAGAAUUCACACUGGAGAGAGAUCUUACGAAUGUAAGGAAUGCAAAAAGGUCUUCAGACAAAGUGUGCACCUUGCUCAUCAUCAGAAAAUUCAUGCUGUAGAGUCAUCUCGGGCCCCCAGCUCUUCCUCACCCUCUGUGUCACCAAGUCCUGUUGAUACGCCUGCUGAAUAUUUUUGGAAUUCAUCCACAUCUUUCCAUUCUCGUUGCCCUAGUCCAAAACACUGUCCUUUCACCUGGACUAUUCCAAUUGUCUAAUAACUGGUCUCCUUGCAUCCUCUUUUGUCCCCUUCAAGUUCAUUCUUCACACUACUGCCACAGUGGUCUUUUCAAAAUGUAAAUGUAAUUUUAUGACACCCUUAAAACCCUUGCUAUGAAAUUUUGAACUACUUGAUGCAUACAAAGUGCUCAGCACAGUGCCUGACCCAGACUAAGUGCUCCAUAAUGUUAGCUCAGUAUCCUUCAGAGUCUGCUUGAAAGUUAUUUUUAAACAGUGAACUCUGGAAGGCAGUAUAUGUACUUGGAGAUCAUAACAAUUUUGGAACUGAAACAAUGUGGAUGAUGAGGAUUAGCAUGAGUAGUAUGUUUAAAGCUUGAGAUCACCACAAAAUAAGGCUGUGUUCCUUUGUUGGUGAGGAAAUUCAGUGUGACCUGAUACAUAGAAUAUUUUUCAGGAAAUGUCUAGAACUCUGGAUAAGACUGGAACAAAAGAACUAGAAUUUACUGGGAAGAAUGUAAGACUAUAUUUAUUCAAGGCAGAAAGUAAAAAUUCCUAAUAUUUAAAAUGGAAGAAACAGAGAACUUGAAUAGUGUAGCCCUCUUCUAAGACACCUGGGUUAACAGAUUAAUUCUAAACCUUCAAGGAAUCAUAAUUAAGCUGUCCUAGAGUGUAGAAAAAAUAAUUGAAAUGGAUUAUUUUGCAGUAUUUGGAAUACUUCUUUCAUGAGGCUAAUUCAACCCUAAUAUCAAACCCAGAAGAAAAAAACUUAUAGAUGAAUUUACUCAUGGUUUUAUAUAUAGGAAGGAAAUUAUUAACCUCUGUUAAGGAGAAUAGAGGUUCUGAAUAAAUGGAGAUCUGUGUUUCUAGAUGGAAGUUUCAAUAUUGUAAACAUGUUUGUACAGUCAAUUCCGGUCACAAUCCCUAUAGGAUAUCUUUACAUUGACAGUUUUGUUCUGAAAAUCAUGUAGAAUGGUAAAUAGGAAAGCAUCACAAGGAAAUUUUUGAAAAAGAUCGUAUACCCAUGAAUUUAGUUUACUGCAAAAGUAAUUAUUUUUGAUGUGUCAGUGGGAGAGAUGGAUUACUUAAAUGGUGCUUGACAGUUAUCCAACUGGAAAUAAGGUCAGAUCCACAUUUCACCCCUUACAGAGAAGUUCAUUCAAUAUGAUUAAAGAUGUAACAGGAAACAAUAUUAAGAUUCUAGAAGAGAAUGUAGAAUAUUUCUAUCCCUUUGAGUUCAGGAAGGCUUUGGUAAGCAGGACAGAGUCCAGAAGUCAUGAAGAGAGACAGAGUGAUAGGACCAUGUAAAAAAUUUAAAUUUUCCACAGUAUAAGACACUGUAUUCAAAGUUAAAAGGCACAUGACAGACUGAGAUAUAUUUUAACCAUAUAUUACGAAGCAUAUAGCCCUUAAAAAAGGGCUGUUGGAAAGCAGCAAGGAUAAGGUAAGAUACACAGUCUGACAAAGUCUGAUAAGAUGAGAUACACAGUAUAACAGCAACUCUUAAAUGAAGAAAUUAAAACAGUCAAAGGAGGAUCUUAAUUGCACUAAUGAUCAGAUAAAUGGAAAUUUUAAGAGUCCUCACCACCAACACAAACCAGCACACAUUUUAUGGAUAAUAUCCAGUACUGUUGCAGAUGUGAGAAACCAUAUUUUUAUAUUACAUUGGGAGGGUAAAUAGGUGGAAAGCCAUUUUAGAAGGCAAUAUGGUGUGACCUGUCGGUAUUUAAAAUGUAAUUAAUCACUGCUGCAAUUCUACAUCUAGGAAUUUAUCUUCUCGAAGAGCACAGGUGCAGAAAUAUAGAUGCAUAAGCACAUUCAUUACAGAAUUGUAAAAAACUUGGAACG